AUGUACAGGGUAAGAGUGAAGUAUUUGCAUGAGGAGAUUGAAAUAGAAGUAUCAGGCGAGGAAACAAUUGAAGUGUUCAAGCAGAAAAUAGAAAACAGCUUGAAUAUUGAACACGAUAAAAUAAGAUUGACUCUAAAGGGCAGCAUUCUGGCAGACUCCUCCAAAACAAUGAGCGAAAUAGGCACGCAGGAGGACUCUGUGUUCUACGCCAGCAAAGCCGAGAAAGUGUCCGGGCCCUCAGAGAUAAGCGGGGAAGUCUACAGCAAGAAGGAGGCGCCAACAGGAAACCUUCUGAAAAAAGACCCUGAGAUGAAGAAAAUACUGAACAACCCAGACGUAAUGAAGGGUCUUCUGGAGAUGCUUCCGGAGCUGAAGAACGAAAACCCAGAGCUGAAGAAGCUAAUGGAAAGUUCGGAAAUGCUGGAGCAAAUGUCAAAAAUAGCAGAUGAUCCGGAGUACAUGACAGCGCAAAUGAAGAAUUUGGACAUUGCCAUGGCCAAGCUGGAGACAAUUCCCGGAGGGUUCAACAUGCUCAGGAACAUGCUGAAGACGCAAAAAGACCCCGGAGCCGCGCUUAUGGAAGAGAGAGACAGGACCAGCUUUAAGGAAGGCAGCAGAAAUGCCUCGCCCUCCAACCAGCCAGUGCCUAAUCCAUGGAGCAAGUACAACUUCAACCCAAUACUUGAGUAUAGGAAGCAGGUGGAGUACAUGAAGGAGUGCGGGUUUACAGACGUAGGGUCAAACAUACGCCUGCUAAUAAAGCACCAGGGAGACGUGGACAAUGCCAUAAGCGAAAUAACCUCGAACAGCACAAUGAACUCGCCUUUGCCAGACCACAAGUCAAGCACAUAG